AUGUGUGUCGAGGUGCCACAGCGAGGAGCCACACCGAUCACCAAGAAGUUGAGUGGGCCUGCGAAAGGCACAGCACAGUGGCUUACCUCAGUAGGCAAUGAGGUAGGUCAGGUGCUGAUGAGUGUCCUGACUGCAAAUGAAGGGGCUGGGUUAGACCUCAUGGCUGCAGGGCUCAUGGAGAGAUACCAGAGAGCUGGUGUUGAUCCUCCCACUAUCCUGUAUGUGGACUGUGACUGUUGCAAGGAAGUGGGAGAGACUAAACUGAAGAGGCGGUUCAGCGGCUGGCCUGAUGUCAUCGUCCGUCUAGACAUUUGGCAUUUUAUGCGACGUCUGGCAGUAGGAUGCACCACAGAUGCCCACCAGUUGUACCCUACUUUUAUGGCUAGGUUGUCGUCCUGUAUUUUUGAGUGGGACGCAGGGGAUCUCACUCUGCUGAGAAAGGCCAAGAGGGAGCAACUCACCCAACAGGGCUGGCCUGCAAUGACGGAGGCAGAGCUUGACCGUCAUAUAAGCAAAGAUGAGCUGGCCCAACACUGCAGGAGGAGAACACGAGGAGAGGAAACCACUAUCCGCCUCCUUGAUAUGCUCAUCAGAGAGCUCAUGGGUGGCCAGGGGAAUGAUGCCCUUGGUAUUCCUCUCCUUGACAGUGUGAGGAUGCAGCACAUCUGGCAUGUCCAGAGGCGGCACGUCACCUGUAUUCAGGACCCUCCAGAUGUGCUGCUCUACACAGAAACUGGAACCCUAAUCAAGGGCGGGAUGGUUCUAAAAACGUAUCGGUGUGCCAGAGGCUCCACAUCCCUUGAAUCAUUUCACUGCCACCUAAACAGAUUUAUUCCUGGGAACAGCGCAAACAGCCUGAACUUCCAGAUUUACCUCCUGGAAGGUUUGUUACGCUGGAAUCUGGACCGGGCUGCAGCUGCUGUUGCAGGUGGAGGUUCAACCCUGCGUACGUACACAGGGGAGCUAGUUUACUCUGUCAAUGAGAACUACAAUAAGUUGUAUGGCCGGAAAUUGGUCCCUAACUUCACUCCACCUGGAGUACACACAGGGGAGCUCAUUGGAGUGCAGUACUUGUUGAGGCAGAAUAGUCAGCCCCUAGAGGACAUGUGCCCUACCUCUGAUAGGAUCUCUCAGUUGCUGGAGGAGAUAGAUGUGGAGGAGCAAGUGGAAGAGGAUGAGGGUUUCAUUGAUUUGUUGGGAGAGGAAGCCACAGUGGCAAAUCUUGUGGCAUCAGAUGACCCAGUCCUUUCAGGUUCACCAGUUUUACCAGCUGCACCUCUGCCCUAUGUCCAGGCUCCACCAGUACCCAGUGUCCAGACUCCUUCAGCUGCACUACUGCCCAGCAUUCAGGUUCUGCCAACUGCACCUCUGCCCGGCGCCCAGGUUCCACCCGCUGCACCACUGCCCUGUGUCCCGGCACUGCCAGUACCCAGUGUCCAGACUCCUUCAGCUACACUACUGCCCAGCAUUCAGGUUCCACCAGCUGCACCGCUGCCCUGUGUCCAGGCUCCACCAGUGUUCCUUCAGUCUGAUUUAAUAAGUGGAACUGUUGUGCUGGGAGUCAGACCUUCUCUUCCAGUUGAGGGAGUUUCAGUUAUCUUGGGGAAUAAUCUGGCAGGUGACCGCGUAUGGCGUGAUGUACCACCUCCCCCUGUGGUAACUACUUCACCUAUUGCAUUGGAUGAAGCUGAGAUAUCUCAGCAGUUUCCUGAGGUUUGGUUGUCUGCUCAGAAGGAGGACUUAUCCUUAAAACCUUUAUUUGAUGCUGUUUUAUCCCCAGAGGUAGCGGAGAGUUCCACAAAUGGAUACUUCAUUGAAAGAGAGUUCCCGUUGGCGUCCCGGACCGCAAGCUCUCUCGGCACCUGGUACCACGCCUGCAUCACCAGCGCCGCCCUCCUCGCGGGCACAGACCACUUCUCUCUCUUCGUGAGAUUCGGGUCGAGAGGACUCCCCGAACCCAGAACUCUGUCUCUUUAUGCCAGCGGUGGAUCUUCGACGCUCUUCGGAGGUCGCUGCCGUUCCGGCGUGGUCUCACUUCCACUCCCGCGGUCGGGGGUUGUCGCAGCCUGGCUUCUUGGAUUAUUGACUUGUGCCGUUUGCCAAUAA